UUUUACUACAUUCGGAAUAGGUCAUGUAGUAAGAUAUUAGAACAUAUAGUAAAUUUAUAACAUAAAAAUGAACUCGUAUUACCCAGCUUCGUUGUUCGCGCAGUAUUCUAGUGAGAAUCCGCAUGUUGGUGGAAAUGUCGGCUAUAGUGCAGGAAAUUACGGAAUCUUCGCCUCUCGUUUCGCCGAACAAAUGGGAUAUCAUAACAGCUCUUAUACGAGCGAACACCAGCGCAUAGCGAACACAUACCCUGCUCACCAAAACCACGAGACCGGGGGUUCCAUAUACGGCCGCGAACACGGCGUCCACUCGUCGCUUCACGGAGCCCUCGGGGGUCGCGUACCGAGCUACCCGCCGGUGCCGGGAGAUGACCACGCGCACCCGGCACACCGGAACUUCACAAGCUGCUCCACGGCGGAGGGAGCGUGGAACGGGACCUCAAACUCUCCGGACUCUACCCACAACAGCAGUAGCCCAUAUUCUUCAAAUUUAGACGCACAAAAUGGCAACUGUUCUGUUCUAGGCAAGGAUUUAAAGGAGCCGCAGAGCCCGGGCGAAUCCUCGACCCCGUAUUACCCAUGGAUGGGCAUCGUAGGUCCCAACUCAGCUCAGAGGAGACGAGGUCGACAAACGUACAGCCGAUAUCAAACUCUAGAACUAGAGAAAGAAUUUCAAUUUAACCACUACCUCACACGUAAACGAAGAAUAGAAGUUGCUCACUCGUUGUGUCUCACCGAGCGGCAAAUCAAAAUCUGGUUUCAAAAUAGAAGAAUGAAAAUGAAAAAGGAAAGACAGGCCAUUAAAGACUUGAAUGAGACAACAGGAAAGUCUAAACCUUCAGCAGACUCAAAAGCUAUUGAUGACAAACUAGACGAUGAAAAAAGUGAUGAGAGUGACGACUCGUCAUAGAGGUGCGAGGAUGCAAUUAGAAUUGUAAUAUAUGGAAUAUAUAUAACAAUCUCACUAAAAGGGUAAACCGGGCGUCCGGGUUCGAUGGUGCCUCUGCAUUUUGGAAUCAAUUCAAGAAGAAUGAUGUCCCCAUGAGCCCUGUCCUCAAUUCCUAACGGAUAGUUUUAAGAAACGGACACACGUAGGAAAAACAUUGUAACUAAGGAGAGAUAUAAUUACGACAGGUCAGAUGUGUUUCAGGCAACGAUUUGGGUUAUUGUCACCGAGGCAAUGUGUAACGAGAAUGUUGUAGAAUACGAAACACCCGCUCGCACGAGAAUUUAUAGUACAACAUGUGCAAGUUUUAUGAUUGCUACCGUUGGUAUUACAUGAUAACAUAUGAUCAGAUGAUGGUUAACCUAUUUCAAAAUGGAAAGUUGGUAUAUUGACUUAACUCCAAGUGAACAAUAUCAUAAUAAUCUAACUAGAAAAAUCUUGAAAUUACGAUUCUCUUAAUACCAUGUCAAUUUCAAAAACAUUUUUACGAGAAAUCUGUAUAUAUGUUUUAUUGAAAAUUUGAAUUACCAAUAUAACAAUAUAUACGCGCAAUAAUUGGGUACACUAUAUAUUGAAACUUUCUUGAAUGUUAGUAUUAUGAAUGGCAUAUACAUCAUAGCACGAUUUGUUCUGUACUCAGCAAGCUAUGAAUUUACAUCGCAACUUACGUUAUGUUGUAUUAUACACCAUGGCGUGUCGCUUAAGUCAUAUACAAAAUACAUUUUUAUGUAAUUUCAUCGUAGUAACACUUGCACAUGUGUUUGUCUAUAACUCUAACCUCCGAUAUAAGGGUAAAUCUUAGCCAUGGUUGUGUAGCAUUUGAAGAAGGCUUAUGAGUUUUUAUUGUUUCGCGUAAUAUAUUGUAGUUCUGACAAUUGUAUCCCACGUGUUUUAGUGCACAGUGCAUGAAAUGCUCCAUAUUUUGUUUACUUACCCCUUACAGCUUUGAAACCCAUCAAAGAUGAUCAUAAUAUUGUUCAAAUGUGACUUACUAGUAAGCCCAUUUGCUAUUGUAAUUAUAUAUAGAAAAACAACGUAUACAUUUUAUUCUUCAGAAAUAUUUUUGCCAAUCUAAAAAUACAGUGUUCUACAAUAGUAGGGUUAAUUUCAUUUUAAUUGAUAUGAACUAAGGAAACCCCUGCCGAUUAAGUUACUAUACUUUUGAGAGUACAUACAUUUCUGCUCCUUUAAACAACUUUUUAAACAUGUGUUUCUUACAGAAACCCCACAAUUAAAAGAUUUAAGAUAACAAUUCUAUUCUGGAUAGUUUUCAAUUGGUUCGUAGGUAUCAUAAGUUCAAUAGAAUUAAUUUUUAAUAAAAAGAAUAUCGUAUUUGUUUAUCAAAAUUAAAUUGAUAAACAAUCUUAAAAUUCAAAAUCGCAAUUAUAGCAUAAUACUUUUACUAGGCUUGGUGCAUUAUUUUGUGAUGUCGUCAUGGUGACACAAUGCGGAAAGUCUCCCGAUAAAUGACAUCGAGAUGUUUGUAUCUACUUCUGUGUUCAUACUAUUGUUAUAUAUUAGAGAUUAUAUAUCUAGCUAGGUAAGUUAUUCAUUGUUAUACACUGUGUUUUGAUCUGCCACUUGCAAACAUUUUAUAAUUAGAUCUUAUUAAAUUGAAAACAAUCCCGAAUAAUUUCCUUUUAAAAUAAUGUUCAAAUAAAAACUGAAAUUUUUGUAUCUUUAAUUACUUCUUAACUCAAAUUGUUUGAUUUUGGACACCUCAUGUCUUAGCUGCAAUUAAAUAUUUGUAUUUUAAAUACACAUAAUGUAAUUGAUUGAAUGUGUGCUAAAAUUGUUGCAUGCUAAUCUUUGUAUUAUCUUCAGCAACAUUGUAAUUUACAAUAUGACUUACAUUAGAUGUCACGUAAAGGUGCUUUAUGAAACGGGUAUUAACGUUCUUGCUAGUAAAACAUGUUAUAAAACAGUGGAAUUUAAUUGAGCUGAGUUAGCAAUGCAGGGAACAUAUAACGAUUCCAGUGCUCCAGCUAGGAUUUGAAAAGGGCAGGGGGGAUUUUUUGUCAAAAGCGCACUUUGGACACACAGUAUUUUGUCAAAAGGGCACUUUCGAGCGCGCAGGCGUUUCUGGAAUGCUUCUUCUUGCAUGUUAAUUUAUAUGUUAUUAAUAAUUGUUAGAAUAUAUUAUUCCCAUUAUUAUUAAACCAUUUAAAUAUAAUGUCUACAAUGAGGAAUACAUUAAUUACAAUGUAUUGCAAUAAGAGAUUUAUCAAUCAUCAUUAUGUAAAAAAAAAUAAUUUUUUUUUAAGGGCAGGGGGGUCCUAGGAAGGGCAGGGCGGAGAUUCGGGAGGGCAGGGCGGGACGCCCUUUAAUCUAGGCCUAGCUGGAGCACUGACGAUGUUUGGAUACACAUAUGUUUGUAAUAACUCAUAAUCAUUAAAAUGAUAACUUUUUAUCCUUAGUUUCUCUUUUAAGGAAACCAUACUUACAUUUAUGUAACUUUCUUGUUUUCAUUUCCGAUUUUAAUCUUGACCAGCGGUCCAUAGCUUAUUAAUAUAAAAUACACACACAUGUUUUAUUGUAUAUUUUAUUUCGCAAUAACUGUUGUCGUUUUAAAUGUUUUAACGCACAAAGUUGGUAGUUAAAUAUUAAAAUAUGAUUGUUUUUUUGUUCUUCAUUUUAAGAUCUUGAAAUUUUUAAUAAACAAAAGUUUCAAGAUAUGUUAAAGUUGAGUCACUUAUAUGUGUGCAAUUUUAUUGUCAUGACAAAAACAACGUUUUGAUUGCUUUUAAAUGUUAUAUACACCCCCGACACACUCAGAAAAUAAAAUGUGCCUGUAUAAAUGAAGCAAAUUACAUGACAGCAAAUGCAAUUUCAGUGUCGGUCGUUAGAUAUAAAUAUACUAAAGCAUAAAUGUUAUAUGAGAGUAAAAGCAUUUGUUAUUGAAGUAUUUAAAGGGACUCAAUUACAAAACAAUACUGUUUCUAUCGUUAUAAAAAUGAAAUUAGUAAAAAAUAUCGAAUUUCGCUGUUCAUAGAUAUAUCGAUUACAUAAAUGAAUGAAACAAAAAGAAAAAAUGUUGGAAAAGUAUUAAAAACAUAAUUAUCCUCAUAUGUCGUUCAAAGCAAAGAUUGUAGUCAGCGCUUUAAUAAACUUCACUAUUAAUAACUGCCUGGAAAUAUUUGAAAGUUGUUUCAAUUUUUAUAUAUGUUUAUCGUUGUUUACUUGUACUGACACUAAAUACAUAACGUUAUGACGUCAAAUAGUAGGUUUAACAUAUUCUUUUCUGGACAAAAAAACUAUUCUAAGACCCAUUAACAUAUGUCCCUUUACAUACAGAUUGUAUUCACCUAUUUGCACCCUUGCCGUUUUGGGGCAUGCAUUUGGGUACGUUCUUAUGAGUUCAAAGCAUGUUUCAAGUCAAACUGUAUGCCAAGUAAUGUGAAAGUAUAUAUUGUAUUGUUGUAACUUUGUCAAAUGUUAUUGUAUGAGUUUUAAAUGUUAAACAUGUGUUUGUUAUUUCUGUUCGGAAUAUGUUGAUAAUUUUGUAAUAAUAUUCUAAUAUUAUUGCAAUAGUAUCAGCAUUUGUUUUGUGCUAUUGAAUGAAACGAGAAUUCAUAAAUAAAAUGUUAUUGAUUUCGUAGAAAUAAAGUGUUAUUAUUAA